AGAGGCAACCUGGACAAACAGAACGAGUCAGCUGAGAUCUCCAGGGCUUUGGGUAUCCCGCUGAGAUUUGGAUUUGCUGCUGGCUGUUCAUCAAGGAGUGCAGCAAAGUGGGAAGGCAGGACCAUGUGGCUGUCCCCAGCUUUGCUUCUUCUCAGUUUUCCAGGCUGCCUCUCCAUCCAAGGCCCAGCAUUGGUGAGGGGUCCAGAGCAGGGGUCAGUGACUGUGCAAUGUCGCUAUAGCUCAAGAUGGCAAACCAACAAGAAGUGGUGGUGCCGGGGAGCAAGCUGGAGCACUUGCAGGGUCCUCAUCCGAUCCACUGGGUCAGAGAAAGAAACGAAGAGCGGCCGGCUGUCCAUCAGGGACAAUCAGAAAAAUCACUCAUUCCAGGUUACCAUGGAGAUGCUCAGGCAAAAUGACACGGACACUUACUGGUGUGGUAUUGAAAAGUUCGGAACUGACCGUGGGACCAGAGUUAAAGUGAACGUCUACUCGGUGGGUAAAGAUACCAUGUCGACUUCUAAUCAACUUCCCUGGCCCACUGUGGACGGCAGUACAGACAUGGUGUCUUCUGACUUGCAGAAGAGGACCUAUUACAUGCUCCUGGUAUUUGUGAAGGUGCCUGCCUUGCUCAUCUUGGUUGGUGCUGUCCUCUGGCUGAAGAGGUCAACUCAGAAGGUCCCUGAGGAACAGUGGAGACACACUCUCUGUAGCGAUUUGGACUCUGAACUUCUAGCUAAAGACAUUUCUCCUUAGACUGAUGGAUAAGCAGAGCCUUCCCAUUCUGGACUCUCAUUUCAGAGGAGACCAGGACCAGGGAAGAAAUGUCCUUAAAUCCUCGGUGGGUGGUGACCAAGGCUGGUGCCUGGAAGGCUAGUCCAGGCAUGAGCUACACUCUGCAUAGCGUGGAGCUACAACUCAGGAUCUUCCUGAAGUAUCAUCUCAACUGCAUGACCAGCACCUCACUCUCUCUUUACAUCUUCAUCAGCCCUACCCCAUCUACCCACCAUGGUCAACCAGGGUGAGAAUCGAUGGAACACAGCCCAAGCUGCAGAAAGACAGCUGUGCGUGCCCUGCUGGAAAAGCUUAUGCAGGGCCUGGAACAGAAGCACAGAAAAGCAUAAGGGACCAGUGGGGUGUCUAGACCACCUAUCCUAUGACUCUGUCAUAGGAAACUCUGUGAAAGCAGAGCAAGCGUUCAUUCUCCAUGUUCUGGACACUGAGCCCGCCCCUAGCGUGCACUUCUGAGGAAAGGAGAAGACUAACGCCUGCCCGACAGGCCCAGGAUCUAGAUUGCAGAGAACUUGAGGAUCCAUGACUUAGCCAGCAGGUGUGUUUUGCUCCAGGGGUCAGGGGCAGAAGGCUGCACAGCCUUAAAUAGAUCUCAGACUGGAGGCAUGCGGGUUUUAAGCAAAGGUUAGCCAGGAGAGGGCAGCAGAGAGCUCAGGAGGCAGAGAGAGCCAUGUCUUCCCACCUGGACUCCCCUUGGCCCAUACUGCAUACAUCUGCACUGCAGAGGAAGUCAGGCCAAGGGUAGCUCAUAGAGUAACUACCAACAGCACCAGCCAGGAAGGUAGAGGCCACGAGAAUGGUCCCCUGCUCACAGGGUUAUCUUUGACUGUAGUUGGGGUGUGGGGAAGAAACUUAACAUGAACUCUGCCUUUUGCGAGGUGCUUCCGUUGCACAGCACAGAGCUGAUGUGCACAUUGCAAAGACAUCAUAUCUCCAGAACAGUCUCAUCUUGCAAGACUCAGACUCUAAGCCUACUGAGCAAUGCCUCCCUUCCCCACCCCGACCCCCCAACACUACCUCACCUCACCAGGCCCUGGCUACCACCAUCUAACGUUUUGCCCUUGGGAGUUUUGCUAAUGCACCCGAGUGGAAUCAAGAGGUGUCUAUCGUUCUGGGGUUGCUUUGCCUUAGCAUCAGUCACGUCCCCAAGGACCAUCCACCUUCCAGUGGAUGACAGAAUUCCUUUAUGUUAAAUGCUGAAAGGCAUCCCACUGUGUGGAUAUACCACACUUUCUUCCUCUGCUCAUUUACUCACAGGUGUUUUGUCUGUUCUUGGCCUUUGUGGAUAAUGUUACAGAGAGCAUGAGUGUAUAGGUGAAGGUUUCACUUUAAGAUGCUGUCUUCAGUUCUCUUGCCUAUGAUUGUGAUGGUUAAUCUUGAUUGUCGAUUUUGCUGGGUUCAGAAUCACCUAGGAGACACACCUCCAAGCCUCUCUAUGAUGGUGCUUCCAAAGAAGUUUAACUGAGGAAGGAUGACCCACCCUGAUUGUGGACACUCACCAUCCCAUAACCUGGGAUCUCAGACUGAAUAAAAGGGAGGAAAGAGAUAAAGCAAACUGAACAUCCAUUGGUCCGUCUCUCUUUCCUUCCUAAGAACAAAGUGUGGCUAGCCAGCUCUUGACUCUGGUGCUACAAAUAGAUCCGCUCCAGCUGCCAUGCGGUCCACAACGUGAUGGACUGUAGCCCUUCCAACCAUGAGCCAACACAAACCUUCCUUCCUCCCUUCAGUCUCUUUUCUCAGGUGUUUUGUCACAGCAGUGACACAAGUAAUUAGCAUGUAUACCCAAGAGUAUUGCUGGGUCACGUGACAAUCCUCAUUGUAAUCUUUUGGAAUGAUCUCUGUAUCCUUUUCCGCAAUGGCUACAAUGUUUUAUAUUCCCACCAACAGGAUGUAAACAUUCCAAGUUCUCCACAUACUUCAUCUACAUUUACUGUUUUCUGUCUGCUUAUUUGCGAUUACAACCCUUCUCCAGGUGUUUUAAUUUAUAUUAUUUCCCUGAUAAUUGGAGAUGUUGGGCAUCUUGCUACACCCUUACCGUUCAAGUCCUUUGUCCAUUAAAAACAAUUUUUUUACUUUAA